AUGGGUCCCCCUGAUGUGGCAGAGAGCAUGUGUUUUGAGGGGAGCUCAGACUCCUGCCAGGCAGUGCCCGCUGGGCCCAGUGCUGUGGUGGGGUUUUAUUUUCUUGCUCUUCCUUUCCAGUCCUCGGUGAAGCUGAAGUUCAUCUGUGGCCAGGUGCUCAAGGACCUGCAGGGAGAGGGGAUUGAUUAUGAAAAGAUCCUGAAGCUAACGUCGGAUGCCAAGUUUGAGUCCGGGGACGUGAAGGCCACUAUUGCCGUGCUUAGCUUCAUCCUCUCCAGUGCAGCCAAACACAGCGUAGACAGCGACUCUCUGUCCAACGAGCUGCAACAGCUGGGGCUGCGCAAAGAACAUGCUGCAGGAUUGUGCCGGUCCUACGAGGAGAAACAGAGCCCUCUGCAGGACAGCCUGAGGACACGCAGCCUGAGAUUGAACCAUCUGGACUCUGUGUCCUGGAGGGUGGAUCAGAUGCUCAGCUCCAGUGAGCUCCAGCAGGUCAAUGAGCCCCUUGUGCACCGGUUCACCGUGUGAGACGGGGACCAAGGCGUGAUGGAGGCCUUUGCCAUGACCGUGUUGGCAGAGAAGUUCCGGGUCUUAUUGGCAGAGCUGAGACAGGCCCAUGCCAUGAUGAAAACUCUCAGCUGA